AUGGUAACAUGUACCACAACCCUAGAACUGUAGAUUACAUAGUAUGAUAAACAUUAAUCUGGGACAAUGUUUCUUCUAAUCCUUACUUGUUCACUUGUCGGCUUAUGCGUCUCUCAAGAACCCAAACAGUGUACUUCGCCUACCACUUGGGAAUGCAAUGAAAUCAAAGUGGAUCCCUCUAGAAACUUCACCAAAAUUCGUCGUUUGUCUUACGAUGCUCGGAACCGACGGGAAAGAAGAGUGGAAACCGUAGAAAGAGGCAGCAAUAAAACAUUCUACGAUGAACUCAUUCUGUGGAAUGAGAAUAAAAUGUACCGAUUAGACCUUAAAACUCGAAAAUGCAACAUCACGGUUCCACAUCGAGGCUGGGUACCACGUGGAACACAUCCGGGGGAUACAUUUCUGAGCAUAAAUACCGUGGGAGCUGCAGGUUACCCAGAGGAGAGCAUCACAGUCCUACAGUUCAUGUCAAACAAAACCGAAGAAAUGAAGCACAUCGUGGUAUCAUCACCUGACUGCAUCCCUAUUCAGACUACCAUUUACAAUUCCACACGUGGAAUAGAAAUGUCAACUUAUUACGAUCUCAACAUUGGCAUAUCGGAUACAAAAGUCUGGACUCCUCCAAAAGAAUGUCGCCAGUGACUCUCAAUAGUCGCCUGUCGCGUGAAUUACCUAAUAAACAACUUGGCGUGAAAUUGAA